CAGAGGCGCCCCGCCAGUGCAGCGGCGCCCGCAGCCUCCACGCUGCUGGCCCUUCUCACGGAGGCCGCAGUCCAUGGGUGUGCACAGCGGGGAGACAGUGUCGGAGCCCCCAGCCGCUCACAGCCUGCUGGAGAAGCCGCCCAGCUCCGCCAUCCUGUGCACCACCUGUGGCGGCGUGUGCAAGGGGGAGGUGCUACGCGUCCAGAGCAAGUACUUCCACAUCCAGUGCUUCAUCUGCAAAGCGUGCGGCUGCGACCUGGCAGAGGGCGGCUUCUUCGUGCGCCAGGGCGAGUACAUCUGCACACAGGACUACCAGCGGCUCUACGGGACCCGCUGCUUCAGCUGCGACCAGUUCAUCGAGGGCGAGGUGGUGUCGGCGCUGGGCAAGACCUACCACCCGGCCUGCUUCGUGUGCGCCGUCUGCCGGUUGCCUUUCCCACCCGGGGACCGUGUGACCUUCAACGGGAAGGAAUGCAUGUGCCAGAAGUGCUCCCUGCCCAAAUCCAUGGGCGGCAGCUCGCACCUCUCCCAGGGCCUCUGGAGUUGUGGGGGCUGCGGCACAGAGAUAAAAAACGGCCAGUCCCUGGUGGCUUUGGACAAACACUGGCACCUGGGCUGCUUUAAGUGCAAAACCUGUGGGAAGGAGCUGAACGCGGAGUACAUCAGCAAGGACGGACUGCCGUACUGCGAGGCCGACUACCACGCCAAGUUCGGCAUCCUCUGCGACGGCUGCGAGAAGUUCAUCACAGGCCACGUGCUGGAGGCCGGGGAGAAGCACUACCACCCCUCGUGCGCACUGUGUGCCCGCUGUGGCCGGACGUUUGCCGAAGGCGAGGAGAUGUAUCUGCAAGGUUCCUCCAUCUGGCACCCAGCCUGUCGACAAGCAUCCAGAACUGAAGACAAAAACAGGGAGACCCGCACGUCCUCGGAGAGCAUCAUAUCCGUGCCUGCGUCCAGCACCUCAGGGUCUCCCAGCCGAGUGAUUUACGCCAAGCUGGGCGACGAGAUUCUCGACUACAGAGACCUGGCCGCUCUUCCUAAAAGCAAGGCCAUCUACAACAUCGACCGCCCCGACAUGAUCUCCUACUCGCCCUACAUCAGCCACUUGUCGGGAGACAGGCAGAGCUGCAGUGAGUCACCUCAGUUGCUCUCGCCAACACCGACGGAGGGGGACCAGGACGACCGCUCCUCCAAGCAGUGCCGGACCUCCAGCCCGAGCUCCGCCGGCUCGGUCAGCCUCGGGCGCUAUACCCCGACCUCACGGUCGCCCCAGCACUACAGCCAGCCAGCUGGUACUGUGAGUGUUGGUACCAGUAGCUGCCUGUCCCUGUCCCAACACCCAAGCCCUACCUCCGUGUUCAGACAUCAUUACAUCCCCUACUUCCGAGGCAGUGAAAGCGGCCGCAGCACGCCCAGCCUCUCCGUGGGGUCCGACAGCAGGCCUCCCCCCUCCACCUACCAGCAGGCUCCUCGCCACUUCCACGUCCCAGACACCGGUGUGAAAGACAACAUCUAUAGGAAACCCCCCAUCUACAAGCAGCAUGCCUCGAGGCGCCUGGACGGGGAGGACGGAAGUUUCGACCUGGAUAACAGGAAGAAGACCAGCUGGCUGACCCUCAGCGGGGGUAUGGGCACCAGGAGUAACUCUCCGGGUCUGGACAGCCAGAGUGUGUCGCACAGCAGCGGGGCGGACAGAGACCCUCAGCAGACAGUGCCAGGAGACGACUUCUACUCACGGUUCCCCUGUUCCAGACCCGACCCUCUGCCAGGACUUGGAAGGAAUGGCCUGGACCACCGGAAUGCCAAUUUGGUCCCUGGCGAAGCAGACCCGGAUGCCAGCUGGGGCACUCGAGAAUACAAGGUCUACCCGUAUGACGCCCUCAUCGUGACAAACCGGAUUCGCGUGAAACUGCCCAGAGAUGUGGACCGGACGAGGCUGGAGAGACACUUGUCGCCGGAGGAGUUCCAGGAAGUGUUUGGGAUGAGCGUGGAGGAGUUCGACCGCCUGGCCCUCUGGAAGCGGAACGACCUGAAGAAGAAGGCCCUGCUCUUCUGACGGCUGCCCGGGCUCUGACGGCGGAACGUGCGGGCAGGGGCGGGGGUGCGGGCGCCUGCGGGAACCAAGCACAGCCCUCCUGUCGCACUGGCUCUGGCUUCUCUGU